AUUGUGAAAACAAAAAUCUCAAAACCUGUGAAACAGUCAGAAGGUUCCGUGAGCAUCGGGCGGUUCAGAUUGUUUUCAACUAGUCAUCGGAAAUAAAACAAAACAGCCAGAGAAAACUUUUUCCCCAAUGAGUCUAAUUAGGGUUUGUGAGUGAGCUUCAAGGAGGAGGAUGUGGCACGAAGCGAGAAGAUCGGAGAAGAAGGUGCACGACAUGAUGGACGCGGCUCGGAAAAGAGCUCAGCGUCGAGCCAUCUUCUUAGCUAAACGCCGCGGAGACCCCAUCCAAUCGAUCCAAGCCGUUGGAUCCCGCUACAAAAUCUUCCGCGAUGACGGUCUUUACCAAGCCACCGAGGAUCAACAGGGCCUGAUACCGUGGAACGGGAAGCAGGAUGUUAUGAUUGAUAGAUUCGAUGGGCGAGCUAUGCUGGAUUUUGUGAGGGAGGCUGGUUCGAGGAGCAUAAGGCCACAUAAGAAGUCGGAGGAGGAGGAAGAAGUUGAGGAGUUUGUUAAUUUUGAGCGUUACCGGGAUUUAAUUAAGCACCGCCGUAGAGGAUUUUCUGAUGGGGAGGGUUUGCUACACGUCAGUCAAGAACUUGAGGCCAAACUUGCUGCUCCCUUCCUUGGAACAAAACCACAACAAGCUCAACCACCUGCAAACAAAGGCACGUAUUCACAGGUUGGAUUUUCGUAUGGUGGAAACGGGAAAGAGGCGUUGUUUGAUGCGGAGGAAGAUGAUGAUGACGACGACGACGAUGAGGAUGAGGAGGAUGAUUUCGACAGUAAUGACAGCGAAGACGAAGGAAUGGAAGCAAUUGCGAAACAGUUUGGCGUUAAGCGGUAUGGAUGGCUCGUUUAUAUGGACAAGAAGGCGAAAGAGGAAGAGAAAAGGCAAAAGGAGCUUAUCAAAGGCGAUCCUUCAGUUAAGAAGCUAAGUCGCAAGGAAAGAAGGAAGGUUUCUAGGAUAGAGAGGGAUAGAGAAAGAGAAACUUCAAGGAAUUUUGGAAGACACAUGAUGCAGCAUGAUCCCUACAGGGAGUCUCGAAGGAGUCCUACUUAUGAGGCUUAUCCGCGUUCAAGAAGGUCAAGAUCCAGGUCCCGGUCAUAUUCUCCGUCAUACUCAAGGCGGAAUGGUCAUGGAGACCACUCUGACGAAAUUAGCAAGCCAAAAAUCGAGUAUAUAACAGAAUUUGGAGGCUCUGGAGACGUGGGAAGUCCAAAGUUUGGAGGAUAUUCCCCACCGCGUUCACCACCAUCUCAAACUGACCUAUUCAACCGACCAUCAUCAUCAGGACAUAUUCUUGAGGCGCUGCAUGUUGAUCCCGCAUCUGGUGUUUCUCUUGAGAAAGACAAGAUUGUUAAACUACCUAAACCGUCAGUGAGUACUUCCUCAGCACUGGCGAAACUUUCAAAAGCAGGUACCUCUUCUGGAGGAUCUUCCAAGCAGACACCGGUGGUGAAGAAAGAAACUCCCCAAGAACGACUGAAGAGAAUCAUGAACAAACAGCUAACGCAACAGAUUAAGAAGGACACUGCAACGGAGACUGCUAAAAAACGAGAACAGGAGAAGCAAAGGCUGGAGAAAUUAGCGGAAACAAGCCGGUUGAGUCGGAGUAGACAUCGCAGCCGUAGUAGGAGUUAUAGUCGAUCACCACCACCGAGAAGACACAGACGAAGCAGAAGUAGAAGUAGAAGCCGAAGCAGAAGCAGGAGAUCCCGCAGGCAUGUUUCAAGAUCACGGUCUAGGUCCCCGUCAAGGUCAUUAUCUCGCUCUCCUAAACGCUCGCGCAGACGCUCUUCCUCGUAUUCAAGGUCUCCCAGGCGAAGAAGCAGGACAAGGCACUGAGCUAAGAAGGAACUCUUAGUGUUGAAGCCAAAAGACUAUGUUGCCUCUUUUCCUAUAUUUUAUAUAUUUGUUAUGUAUGUUUCUUCUGAUCUUUUUUAUCUUUACUGUUUAUCCUGAAUAAAGUUUGACUGCGACUUUGUGUCAUACUAUAUUUGUUUUGCAUCCAUGGUAAGAAUUAAGCUUUCAGA